CUCAAGCCGGGUAAAUAAACUUUUCCAAUCUGAGAAGAAUUAAAUCAAAAUUGUACCAAAGUAAACCAAUACCAACAUAAUUUUUAAUGGAAAUACAAUAUAAAUCAAUAAAAUGUUUGUUAAAAAGCUAUGUAGUUUAGUUAACGUACCGAGAUGUAACCAACUGCAAGGUUUUUCAAGAUUGCAACACAAACGUCAUAUAGAAAAUGAGAAAAUAGUUCCAGCCUUAGCUCAAGAUGUACUCAAAUAUCUAGAUAGUUUUCCAGAAUAUAUGUUACUGAAGGAUCAACUUCCAAAGUCAUUAUUAAGAAAAUAUAAAUCACCUGAAAAUAUGUAUCUUAUAAAUAAGGACACUGCUGGAGAAAUAGUUACUGUGAUGAAAGAAUACAUAGACAAAGACUGUCCAGUCGUUGAAGUGAAUCCCGGAUUCUGUUUUAUGAGUCAAGAACUUUUAAAUCAAGUGCCAAAUCACAUAUACAUGUAUGAAAUGUCCCAUCAUUUCGCUCCACAUCUAAAUUUAUUAAAAAACAAAUACCCCGGCAGGAUAACAUACAAAAUGGCAGACUUUUUUGGAAUGUGGAAGCUUGCUUUCAAAGACAAACUUGAUCAAGGCAAUAGGAUGAAAGAUUUAUUGGGAAACUUGGCUAGUGAUAACAGUGAUAGGAUAGUGAAGAUUGUAGGCUCAAUGCCAGGGCUGGCCUUUGUAAAGCACAUGGUAAAUAAUAUUAUAUUUAAUUACACAACAAAUCAGCUGGGACGGCCAGAUCUCUUUAUCACCAUGCCAGGAUAUCACUAUGAGUAUCUAACAGAUAAUGAAAUACAAUUCAAUAAACAUAAAUCUCUGCCUGCUCUAUUUCAAAUGCUCUUUGAUUAUAAGAUAUUGACAAAUGUGCCAAAAGUUCAUUUUUUGCCUUGGACUUAUAAGCAAUCUGGGAAAAGAGUUACUAUGAUGGACGAGUAUCGAAUGUAUCUAGUCAACAUAACUCAAAAAGAGAAGCUGCCAUGUCCACCUGAAUAUUUACCACUGCUAUGGUAUUUCUUUAAACCACACAUGUUAACAAAAAAUACAAGAAUUAUACCCAUGUUGGAACAAUGGAUACCUGGAUGCGGUGUGUGGCUAAUAUCUGGCCAGGACCCUCCAGAUAUAAACAAAGAAAUAGCACCUAAUGAAGAUGAUGCCAAACUUCCACACAUGACGAUUUUCACUGAAUUCGGCGAUCUAACUCUUAGGCAAAAAAUUACGGUAUUCAAAAAAUUUGUCUCAUGGCCAGAGUUCGAGCAGUGUCCUUUCAGAAUGACCAUGGAGAGCAAUUUGCCUAAGCUUGUGGUACCUCUAGACGACGACGAUAAAGAUAAUAUAGUUUCACACAUAGAUGAUAUUGAGAACUGUGAUACUGAUGUAGAAAGUUAAUAAAUUAAACUAUAAAGAAGGAUAAGAUUAGUUUAUCUCAUAUUUACAAUGUUAAUACAUACAAUAUAAUUUCAACAUACUUUUCACAAACCACCUCCAAGGCCUUGACAUGUACUUGUUGUGCUUCAAAUCCGAAAUUCUUUCGCGGUGUGGAUGUAUAUGUAUUAAGAGAUUUUUUUAGAAGAAUAUAUAGACCAUAGAAAAGAACGUAAAUUACGUGAGUGUUCAAAUUCGCGAUUUAUUGUGAUGUGAAUCGCGUAGGCAAUCAUAUCUCAUUCAAAUAAGUAAUUGAAAAAUUCUAAAGUAAAACAGUUAAGACAGAAAAAACAAGCAAUCGCUUGAAUAAAAAAGACAGAAUAAAUGAGCAAUUGCUAGAAUAAAAAAUGUUUAACAAUAACAUCCAAGAUUAACAUUCAUUAUAAUGAAUUCAUUGUUAUUCUGGUAAAGCACCCACUGAGUUUAGAUCACUAAGCCAAAGUGUUGAAUUUCGGAUAUGAACACAAAACAACCGACAAUUUAAAAAAUAUAGAAACAUGAAAUAAAAUACUGAUAAAGAGAUACAUUGAACAUUAUAUACCUACAGUAAAAUAUUGCCAAAUAAUACAAAUAACAACCUAUAGUAACAGCUUCAAAAUAAUUCUCAUUAAUUGCUGAUUUACAUUUUAUAAAUCGUUUAGAACAUCUAUAUACAAACAAAUCAAAUUUUAAACAUCUCUGAUUUACUACGGAUCCUACAUCAGACUUGAUUUUACUAACAAUAUUUAGCUAUUGGUGACUAAUUACACAUUGGAAUAUAUUUGUAUAGAUGAGGCAGUUUCUCUUCUAUAUUAUGAAUGCUACUUUAUUGUAGCUAAGCUCUAAUAA